UACAACACCGUGCAUGGAGAGGUGUGUGGAAAAAGUGCUCUAAGGUCACAGGGGCACGCAAUGAGAAUGGGGAGCGUGGCAGCAUGUCGAACCGGGCAGUUUUCUCCUCUGCAUUCUCCGCCUCCGCACUCGCUUUGGCUUGCCUUUGGCGAGCCGCUACUCGAUCGCCGAUCUAUCCCAGCUCUAUCGCUCAGCGCUUGUCAUGUCCGCUCCGGCCCCGAGCGCCCCGCCCCUGGACUGCGGCGGACAGCUGUGCAGCAACGGGUGUGGCCGCCCGCCGUUUGGCCACUUCGCCACGUGCUGCACCCACUGCGGGGGCCCCGGUGGCCCUCACGCGCACGACUGCCUGGAGAAGGGCGCUGCCGCGGCGGCCCCAGCCCCAGCUCCCGCUGCCGCCCGUGGCGGGGCCAGGGAUACCUGGGCCCGCGUGCGCGGUGGCUCCGGCCCUGGCCGCGCCCGUGCCUGUGGUGGUGGCCGCUCACGCGGUGACCCCGGCCCUGGCCGUGCCUGUGCCAGUGGUGCAGGCGUACGCGGUGACCCCAACCGCGCCCGUGCCUGUGGCGGCGGGUGCUCCCUCAGGCCUGCCCCACGGCUGCCAGCCGGCCGGCGGCACGGUGGAGGUGCAGGCGGCGGGCUACUCAGAGCCCGAGCGCGUGGGGUUUGGCAAGGCCUUCCGAACCUACUUCUUCGUCGUCUCCGCCGCCGGCGUCCGCGAGCAGGUCGGCUUCCGCUUCAGCGCGCUGCGCGCGGCGCACGAGCAGGCGUCCCCCUCCGGCGUGCAGUUCCCCUCGCGGCACGUGUUUUGGGACAUGGCGAAGGAGGAGAACGCCCGGGCACGCUCGGCGGAGCUCCUGCGGUACCUGCAGAGCUUGCUGAACGGCGCGGACGUCGCAGAGGCCGGGCGGCUCACGCUGCAGCCGAGGCUCUGCCAGGCCCUCGGCUGCAGCCCAGCGCUGGCCGAGGUGCUGCAGGCUGUGGGCCGAGCGCGCCGCGAGGACCACCAGCGGCGGCUGCAGGAGCAGGCGGCGCAACUGGCGGCCAUCAGGCAGCAACAGUUGACCGACCGCGACUUCGCUCAGCGUGUUAACCACCAGGGUACCGCGCUCACCAUGUUCUACCCGAGGAGGCUCUCCUUCGAGCUGCGCGCGAAGAUGUUCAGCUGGAGAGACCAAGUGAAUAUCACGGGCCCGGGGGGCUUCGACUGGUUCUGCAUGCUGCGCGCCAGCUCUUUGUUUUCCCUGCGGGACACAGAGGUAAUCGCCAAUCUUAGCGGCGAGCCCCUCCUGGCGCUCCAUCGCCAGUUCAGCUGGAUGCACUACAGGUACCGCCUGGAACGCGUGGGCCUGGCAGGACUUCGCAUGCCCCUCUGCUCGAUAACGCGGCACAACAACCUCUUCAGCGCGGUCCAGUACGACAUCCAGAUGGAAGCCAUGACGUUCGGUGGUAUGAUUCACUGCCAGGGACAGUGGUUCGAGGACUUCGUGCUGUAUCAGGGGGGUGGCCCAGCGUGUCGCAUUAAGAAGCGGCCCUGGACGUUUCCCGAGGUCUACGACGUGACCAUCGAGCAGGGGUACGACGUUUUGUUGCUCUUGGGUAUCGCUUGCGCUAUCGAUCACAUUCACCAUGAGGUGGAGGAAUCCAGGAGGAGGUAGCCAGAGUUGCGACUUUGGCAGCGCCAGCAUUUUCACAUAACCAAUUGUUUGAAGACGCGUACGUGCAUCCACCGCGCUCGCGUAAGCGACACAGCAGCGCCACAGCGUGGAUUGCCUGCAGCGUCACAUGAUUAGUGCGUUGCCUCUUGCGGGCCUCCUGGAGGCCGAAUGGUGUGUGUGUGUGUGUGUGUGAGUGUGCGGG